AUGGAUCAGGGAAUACCAGCCGACAGUCCUAACCUGGUUUUACUCUUUUUCGUGACACAACUCUUCCUCCGGGAAUUGUACAAGAGUAAAAACCUGCUGCGAAUUGUCCCCAUGGACAUGACCGGAUACUACGAAAGCAAAGCAGGGCCGUCAAAUAUUGGUAACGUAAUAUCCCAGAUACUUUUGUGCAAACCAAUAACCCCAAACUUUAACGAGGAGGAACUGUGCAGUAUACAGAAAGACUCUGAAGAAAUCAACGCCCUCAUUAAAGAGCUGCAAGAAUUCAUGCCUCAGUCGGAAGCUGACACAGGUAUAUGA